AUGUCGAAACAGUUUCGGUACUCGUUCUCUCGUAUUUUUAAGACACAUUCAGUUGAUGAGUCUGCAAUUCAGUAUCGCGACCUACGUCUCAAAGCAUUAGAGGCAUCACCCGGAUCUUUCUCGUCUACAUUUGAAAUUGAGUCAAAGUUCACUCUCGAUACCUGGAAGGAUCGCAUUCUUCAAGAAGACAGAGAGAACUUUGUCUGUAUUGCGACGUCAACCGAUCUCAGCACAUCCGAGCGGGCAGAAUGGGUUGGGCAGGUCACAAUCCGAGGUCCAGCGAGCAAAAAGGACUUUGUCCUUCCCGAGGCCUCCGGUCAGCCCCCUGUUGGAGAAGACGAUGAAGAAGAAAAAUGGCAGCUGUUGAGCCUUUCCAUUCUCCCCGAGCACCAAGGUCAAGGCUUGGGACAGGGUCUUUGUAAAGAAGCCCUCAAGUAUCUUCACGGGAGACGACAGAAACCUCGCGUUCUUGUGAGAUUGAUGACCAAAGCCGACAACACCGCUACGAUCCGCCUUUACCGAAAGCUAGGAUUUGAUGUUGUUGGGGCUUGCACGCUGACUGAGGCAUUGGUCACCAAUGGGGAUGGCAACUUGCUUCCUGAGGAUAUUACCGAUCCCAAGUACACGACUCGAACUGGCGUGAUCAUGACUCAGCGGAUUUAA